AUGAUCUAUUCAUCUGUUUCAGACACCAGCCCGGGAAUACCUGUACAACAGGCACAGCAUGGACAGCUCCAGUUGACAGGAAUUUUGGAAGGACUUGUUCCAUUCCCUGGUUUAAAAGCCACUACGGUGAAUAAAAGUGCAAAUCCCAGAAGGAAACGCAACGUGUUGUUUCCCAGUGGAGUUAAAGUUUGUCCGCAUGAAACUGUUCAACAGGCAAUAACAAACCAUUUGAAAUAUUUCAAACUCGGAGUGUGCCAAGAAACUGUGUGGGAGGCGUUUAAGAUCUUCUGGGACCGACUGCCUGAAUGGGAUGAGUACCGGCGCUGGACGAAGCUCUGUGAGGACGGGACCAUGAGCGUGUUUGAAAUCGGCACCAGCUUCAGUCAGUCUGAGGAGCAUCUUCUUCUGGUCCGGAACAUCACAAACGAGAUCGAAGAUGUCACAGAGAGGCCAGUGAGGCCAGUUGCAGAGCAGGUGGUGGAGCUCAGUAUUCAGCUGACAGGAGAGAGUUACAGCGAGGAUCUGGAGAACCCUGACAGCGUCCGCUUCCAGGAACUCACUAAGCACUUCAUCUACGAGAUUCAAAAUGCGUUUCAAAGGUUGCCAGGGUUCAAGAGUGUGAAUGUGAUUGAAUUUAGGCAGACACAGGACCCAGAGAGUGUUAAUGCAGUGGUGGUACAUUAUGGAGUGAUCUUUGAAGUGGGUACUGGGGGAAUCAGCAACGAGACCCUGGACUUUAUUAACCUGCACUCCAACAAGGUAGAGGAGCCCUACCCAGAGCCAGAAGAGAGCCCCACUGUGGUUUACACCGUCACUGACCUCCGCAAUUACAUCGCUGAGGCCCUCAGGAAGGAAACCAUUAUUGGAAAUGCAACUUUAGCUGUGGAUCUGGACUCUCUUCAGCUUGCAAAUGGUGACAUCCACUUUGACAAUAUGCACGCCAAUGACCUGUGGGUGGAGUCACAUACUUCUUUUGCUGAUAAGAAUGAUGUCAUAGUGCUGGAGGAGAGCCCCACUUCUGCAUCCCCGUUACUCACAGACCCAAUUACCACAGAGCCCACCUCAGGAGUAGACAGUUCUGUCAUUACAUCCCGGCCAGGCACAGAGGAUUCUGAGAAUAUAGAAGAAGAGGGCUUCCUGUUUAUUCUGAAGACACCCACAUCCAGUCCAGAGAAGGUAACCCCAAACACUGUGCUCAACAUUGAACAUCCAACCACUGUUGCUCCAUCUCCUGCAACUACCCAAGCUGAAGGACUAGCUGUACCCACAUCCGUGACAGGAACCCUGGUAACAGUAGCUCCGGAAAGUGGAUUAAGUGAAGGGGCAGAAAUCACAGGGUCCUAUACCCAUACUGCCCUUCCAAACCAGAAACCAGAGGUUCUGCUAAAUAUAGCAGAUGAGAUUCCCCUACCUGACAGCACACAUUCCACAACAAAACCUGCCUCUGAAAGUGAAAGUGACACUGAAAGUAACACAGACGUACCAGCCAUUGUGUCACCCUCACCAGAUCCUCCCACAUCUUCGUCAGUCGACAAAGCUUUGAUUGUUACAACAGAAAGACCAGUGGUGGUCUCUCUGUCACAAUAUUCCACCACACCUUUUUCUUCAGAUGAAGCUUUAGCAGUUGAAACAGAAAGUCCAGUCAUAGUGUCUUCAUUGCAAGAUCCUACCACACCUUCUUCAAUGAAUGAAGCAUUAGAAGUUGAAACUGAAAGUCCAGUCAUGGUGUCCCUAUCUGACCAUCCUACCACGCCUUCUUUAUCAGAUGAAGCUUUGGUAGUUGCAACAGAAAGUCCAGUCAUGAUGUCUAUGUCUCAAGAUCCUAUCACACCUUUAUCAUUUGAUGAAGCUUUACUAGCAACAACAGAAAAGACAGCCAUUCCAAGCAAUCAGUUAGUUGAAGAAGGAUCUGGUUCUGGGUUCUUCCACUCUGGACAAGAGCCGGGCCCUGAUGUUUGGCCUUGGGUUCCUGUGACACCUGACCUUAUUUCCUUGUUAAGUACAAACGAGGAACCCAAAGAGGAGUUCAUUCCUGAUUACAUCAUUGAUCCCCCAGAUUUUGUGGAUGAGAAUUUUAACGAUGUCACGCCAAUAACUGAUUCAUAUAUUGAUUAUGAACUGCCAAACAUUGUAUUUAUUGAUGACAGAACACUCAGUGAGGACCUAGAUAUGCAAAAAGAGCUUUUGGACAGAACUAUUGCCACUGAGAAUAUAAGGAAUAAGCCUCACUAUACCCCCACUGAUGUAGCCCCUGUUUUUUUGACAAUGGAGACAUUAACAGUGGCGCUCUCCAUGCAGACCUCAGAGGCCUCUGAUAGUUAUGACUACUAUAUGAGUGAGCCAACCAUCCCAAUCACUGAUAAUGCUCUCCCUAAUGUUCUGGAGGAACACACUACCAUAGCUUAUGUAUUUGAAGGACCAUCUACUAGGGGGCAACAAUUUGUCACUGUUGGGGAUACAUUUAGCAAUGAGGAAUUAUUGGAAGUGGUGCCAACAACAGAGCUGACUACUACAGAGAAACUUCCAGCACAGUCAGUCGCCAUGGGUCCCAUGGUCACCUCACAUCCUACUCCAGAGGAACCACUCACAGAUCUGUUUAAUAGAAAGGAGGAAGAAACAAAUUCACCCACUCUUACCCAACCAGUUACAGAGACAUCUACAUUAGGGAUAUACAUGGGAAACACAAUUACAGAAACAUUCACAGCUGGGGAAGCCAUUGUAGGACAGAGCACAAAGGAGCAACCUCUCAUAGCGCCAUUCAAUGGAGAUGAAGACCAAGGCGAACAGGUCACAGUCACAGAAUCACCCGUAACAGGCAAUCCCACCAUCGAUAUCUCAAAAGAAAAUCAACCAGCAUUGGAUUUGUCUGACGCGCAUACUCUUGCUGUAGACUUGACAAGCAAAGAGACACCAGUCAUGGAGUUAUUUAGCACUGUACAACCCACCACAGAGUCCCCCAAAGAUGAAUCACUUUUCACUAAACACUCAGCCAUUCCACCACCAAAUGUAGAAUCUGCUACCAUGCUGCCUGUGCUAACGGAACCGGCAGCUACAUUCCAGUACGUACCUGAACAAACCUCACUGUUCAUACCAGAUGAAAUGCCUACAGCAGAUAUUGUGUUUGUGGAAAUUGCAAAUGAGCCAGAGGACAUUACUGAGCAACUCGAUGUAGCUCAUACCCCUAGCCAUCCUGUGACAGAAAUUUCCAUUCAUAAAGAUGACAGCAAUGAAGUGUAUCCAUUUACUACAAUGUCUCCCUUGCUGCAGUCAACUACUGAACCCACUGGUGACCUAAUGGUAAUAUCAGUGUCAUCUACUAAGAAUCCCACCCAGCCACAGCUACCAGUGAUUCCUGAUGAAAAUGAGGAUAUCGGUACGGCAGUGCUGGGAAUACAGACAUACAGACCAGCAAGACAAGACAUUACUGACCUUGAUCACCCUGACCUGGUCUACCACCACACUGGGGUUAGUCUUAUAGAGGAGGAGAGCAGUGGGAAAACAGCAGUUAAUGUACAUGCUACAGACAUGGCAAGUGUGGCCAAGUCUACAAAUGGAAACAUUACUCUGCCAACACGGGCGCUGGUGGUUUUCUUCAGCCUUAGAGUGACGAACAUGAUGUUCUCUGAAGAUCUGUUUAAUAAAAGCUCUCCUGAGUACAAAGCUCUUGAGCAACGAUUCCUGGAACUGCUGGUUCCUUACCUGCAGUCCAACCUCACCAACUUCCAAAACCUUGAGAUCCUCAACUUCAGGAAUGGCAGCAUAGUAGUGAACAGUCGAAUGAAGUUUGCUAAGCGGGUACCCCGCAACGUUACAAAUGCAGUCUACGUAAUUCUGGAGGAUUUCUGCAAUACUGCCUAUCAAACCAUGAACCUUGCCAUUGACAAAUACUCCCUGGAUGUGGAGUCGGGAUAUCAGGCUGACCCGUGUAAGUUCCAGGCCUGCAAUGAGUUCUCCCAGUGCUCAGUAAACCGCUGGUCGGGGGAUGCGGAGUGCGUCUGCAACAUUGGCUAUUUUAGCGUCGAUGGGCUGCCUUGUCAGAGUAUCUGCGAGCUUCAACCGGACUUCUGUCUGAAUGAUGGAAAAUGUGACAUCAUCCCAGGCCAAGGAGCAAUCUGCAGGUGCCGUGUUGGUGAGAACUGGUGGUACCGCGGCGAGCACUGUGAGGAGUACGUCUCUGAGCCCCUGGUGGUGGGGAUUGCCAUUGCCUCGGUGGCUGGCUUCUUGCUGGUCGCUUCUGCUGUCAUCUUUUUCUUGUCUAGGACCCUGCGUGACCAGUACAGCAAGAAUGACAUAGAGGAGCCUGUCGGUUUCUCUUGUGUUGGUAACAGGUUCGGAGACAGCCUGGAGUCCAUGGAGAAGGCAGUGAAAUACAACCCCAUGUAUGAGAGUGAUGCCACCACGGGCUACAGUCACUACUACAGGCGCUACCCGCAUAUUCCUUCAAACAGCUCAGCAAGUGCUGACGCCUCCACAGACUUCAGCAGCGAGGAGAUCCGACACAUCUAUGAGCAUAGCGAGCUCACCAAGGGGGAAAUUCAGGACAGAAUACGAAUAAUCGAACUGUAUGCCAAGGACAGGCAAUUUGCUGAGUUUGUACGGCAGCAUCAAAUUCGGGCUUUGGAUGUCAGACGAGGAAGCCCUUCCAGUUAGUAGCUCGGCAAGUAGCUGUACAAAACAAGGAAAAAUGAGGGGAGGGAUGAGCAAUGCUGUGUAAUGUAAUGUUUCUGCUGCCAUGACCACCAGAUCAAGGCCAUUGUUAUAGAAUGUCUAGCUCUGAAGUGUUUGUGUAUUUUGUUCAAUUUUGUCCAGUUUUGUCUAAAUCCAUUAAGAAAAAUUGACUAAUGUUGCUCACCUGGUGAAUGAUACAAAAACAUUAAUGAAUUUUAUGUAUAUGUUUUUAUUUAUGGAGUGAACAUGAUUUGAAUUGCUAUUUUUUAAAUGUGUGUUAUUCGUGCUCUUUAAUAUUGCAGCCGUUACAUUUCUUUUUUAUAGUAUUUCAUGAUGGUUUCUACACAUGUUGUGUACUUUCCCCCUAUUGCAAGACUUCUAGGACAUCCCUGCUUUAAAGCAUUAGAGGUUAGAAAUGGUGGCCCAUGUGUGUAAAUGAUCCUUCAUGAGUGCAGCCUGUUAGUGCAUUCAUCUGGUUCUACAGCAAGAGCUGGCAUACUUAGUGUUGGUCUGUCAGGGUCCUCCACAAGGGACAAUCUCACCACUACAUAAAUGGAUACCAGUGGAUUUGAAUCUUGAAAAAUUCUUAGCACAAAAGGAUUUUAAU